CACUCAUCAGGCAUGUUUCUAAUAUAAGCUUUAGGUUUCUCACCCGUUCUGUAGACAAGAGACAGCUUCCCGCGCAGAUACGUUUCACCCUUCGCCUCACCACGAUCUCGCGUUUCACAUUCAUAUUCCAAGGUUCUCGCGUCGCGUUGCUAAUUUUGACUUCUCAAUAAACUCCAACCUUUGGUCCCUCUGCACCAGACAUGACAUCCCUCGUACCUCUUUACAUACUCAUCGCCUACAGCAUUGUCGUAAUGAUUUUCAAUAUGAAAGGCGCUGUCAGCUUUGGUCUGUUCAGCGGAGCAGUAGCUCUUAACCACAAUAAGUUGGAUCAUGUCCCACAACAAGCAUUAUUGCGGGACGCAUGUCCAUCAGAUUCAAUACUGCGCGAUGGCGAAUGCCACCUUGCAGCAACAGCACCUUCAGAGGUUACCUUCAAAUCCAACAUCACGACUACGCUCGAUGAAGCACGACUCACAGCAUCGAGACAACCGAACUUUCCAUGGACUUUCUGGCCGGAAUGUUUCUCUAACGAGAACACCACAGACGCUUACUGCCUGUUCAGCGAUCAAAGCUUUGCCAAUGGCCGUGGCAUUUUCAUUGUUACAACCGAGCCAAUAGCCUACCAUAUGCUACAAAAGCAGGCAUUCCAAAACCCAAAGUCUCUCUAUCGUUCGAAUCAACACGCAAAUCCGCCUUUCGAGCAACACGAGUUCCCAAUCAAGGGCCGCGGUCUAGUCGCCAACAAGACGCUCUUCCGUGGCGACCAGAUCUUUGCAUCCACGCCACUUUUGAUCACCGACCCGGACGCAUACAAGCUGGUCGAAUCAGAACGCCUCGAGCUGCUCUACCGUGGUGUGGAGACACUACCAGAGGCAUCACGAAAGCUGUUCUGGGAACUUCUCGACCAUUUCAAGGGCGAUCCCGUCGAUGACAGGAUCAAUACCAACAACUUCGAAGUUGUUGUCGACGACAUCUCGCAAGCUGCUUUGUUCCCGGAGAUCGCCAUGUUGAACCACGACUGCAGACCUAAUGCAGCCUACUUCUGGGACGAAGAGACAUUGACACACUACGUGCAUGCCAUGCGCACGAUCCAGCCUGGCGAGGAGAUCACCAUCUCCUACAUCGACAGUGAAAAGAACCGAGCACACCGCAUGAAGCGACUCGAGAGGAACUGGGGCUUCAAGUGCAGCUGCUCCGCAUGCACAGCACACUCAUCACUUACCACUGAGUCGGACGCAAGGCUGCAUCAGAUCACCCAGCUUGUAGAGAAACUUAACGACUGGACACCAUCAUCUUCUGCAACACCUGAGAUGGCUGAGGCGGUUGUGAGCAUGUACGACCAGGAGCGCCUGUGGGCAUACCAAGCUACCGCAUACAAGCACGCUGCGGAAGUAUACAGUAGCUUUGGCAACAAGUACAUGGCGAUCAAGUACGCGCGGUUGAGCGCUGAGUUCAGUAUCUUGGACAAGGGGUUCAGUGACCGUGAUGUUAAGGAGAUGAGGAAGAUGGCCAAGGAGCCGGAGAUGAGCUGGAGCUGGAACAAGAGGAUGGGUCUGAAGAAGGGUGGGUGCGGGUGUGGCAAGGUUCACUAAGGA